CGGUCGGUGGUGGUAUCUCUGACGCCGGAGCGGCAGCGCGAGACCUGGGCGAAGAAGGCGGAGUUCCUGCUGGCGGUGGUGGGCUUCGCCGUGGACCUGGGCAACGUGUGGCGCUUCCCCUACAUCUGCUACCAGAACGGCGGAGGGGCGUUCCUGAUCCCGUACUGCGUGAUGCUGGUGUUCGGCGGUCUACCGCUGUUCUUCAUGGAGCUGGCGCUGGGGCAGUACCACCGCUGCGGCUGCCUCACGCUGUGGAAGCGGAUCUGUCCGGCACUGAAAGGCGUAGGAUACGCGAUCUGCAUGAUCGACAUCUACAUGGGCAUGUACUACAACACCAUCAUCGGCUGGGCGGUGUACUACCUCGUCGCCUCCCUGGCGUCCAUCCGCGGGCAGCUGCCGUGGACGAGCUGCGACAACGCGUGGAACACGCCCGCCUGCGCGCCCGUCACCGCCCUCACCAACACCUCCUCCACGCCCGCGAAGGAGUUCUUCGAGCGCAACGUGCUGGAACAGCACCGGUCUAACGGCCUGGACGACAUGGGCCCCAUCAAGCCGUCGCUGGCGCUGUGCGUCUUCGGCGUCUUCGUCCUCGUCUACUUCAGCCUGUGGAAGGGAGUGAGGAGCGCUGGGAAGGUGGUGUGGGUGACCGCGCUGGCGCCGUACGCGGUGCUGCUGAUCCUGCUGGUGCGGGGAGUGACGCUGCCCGGCGCCACGGAGGGCAUCCGCUACUACCUCACGCCAGAGUGGCACAAGCUGCAGAACUCCAAGGUGUGGAUCGACGCGGCGUCCCAGAUCUUCUUCUCCCUGGGUCCGGGUUUCGGCACGCUGCUGGCGCUGUCCAGCUACAACAAGUUCAACAACAACUGCUACCGUGACGCGCUCCUCACCUCAUCCAUCAACUGCCUCACCAGCUUCCUUGCUGGCUUCGUAAUCUUUUCCGUGCUAGGCUACAUGGCGCACGUCCAAAACAAGAGCAUUGAGGAGGUGGGCCUGGAGGGACCAGGGCUAGUGUUCAUCGUGUACCCGGAGGCCAUCGCUACCAUGACCGGCUCAGUCUUCUGGGCCAUCAUCUUCUUCCUCAUGCUGAUAACGUUGGGACUGGAUAGCACCUUUGGAGGUCUGGAGGCGGUGACGACGGCGCUGUGCGACGAGUACCCGCGCGCGCUGGGCCGCCACCGCGAGUUGUUCGUGGCCGGCCUGCUGCUGCUCAUCUACAUCUGCGCGCUGCCUACCACCACCUACGGCGGUGUCUACCUGGUGGACCUGCUCAACGUGUACGGCCCCGGGCUGGCGAUCCUGUUUGUGGUGUUUGCGGAGGCGGCGGGCGUGUGCUGGGUGUACGGCGUAGGGCGCUUCUCCCGCGACGUGCGCACCAUGCUGGGCCACGAGCCCGGCUGGUUCUGGCGCGCCUGCUGGUCCUACAUCAGUCCCGUGUUCCUGCUGGUGCUGUUCGUGUUCUCUGUGCUGGGUCACGCGGAGAUGCUGGGUGGGGAGUACGAGUACCCGCCCUGGUCCAUCGCCGUGGGCUGGGCGCUCACCGGCACCACCGUCUCCAUGAUACCCCUGUAUAUCAUCUACAAGUUCAUCAUCACACCUGGGAGCUUCCUUACUCGCCUGCGCACCAUGAAGACACCGGAAGUGACGUCAGUUCCGCCGACUGACCAGGCGCUGUGCGCGCUGUGACCGCCACGACAACAGCGGUUCGCCAAGCCGCCGACCGUAGAGUGGCUCGUCUAACAACCGCAGAAUGUGAUUUUUUUUUUAAUUUAUUAUUA